AUGGGUGGUCGAGCUUUUCCCGACCUUUGUGUCCCUCGGAUGAGCCACCAGGUCUAUGAAAAGGUCAAACACACUUCACUCAAGAUCUUAUCGAAACGCUUUGUCAGUACUACCGCCAUACCCGAAGCUCCCGAAAAACUCGAUUUUGGCGAUGUUGACUUCGUCAUCGAAUGGUCAUCGUCUUCGCCGUUACCAUAUCGGCAACUGGCUCUUGAUCUUGGAGCAAAGAACAUCAANAACAACCACCCGACCUACUCGUUCGCCGUCCCUCUCGAGAAUGCGAAUGCAGAAGUCCAGGCUUUUGCCCAAGUUGACGUUCAGGUCUGUCUUCCAGGUGAGCUCGCAUGGACGAUAUUCCUGCAUGGCUACGGCGAUCUUGGCCCUAUACUCGGAACCUUCAACUACGGCUAUGGCUUCACAUCCAAGAACGAUGGCUUUUUCGUUCGCAUCAAAGAACAGGAGGCACAAAAUUGGUCUGCAAGUCAGGUCUUCUUGAGUAAGGAUCCAGACUUGGUUAUGGACUUUCUGGAUCUUGACAAGCACAAAUUUCACAGCGGAUUUGAGUCUGAGCGCCAAAUCUUUGACUGGGCUGUGAGCUCCCGACUCUUCAGCCGCAAGUUGGUGGAGAAGAGAAAGGAGAAUUCUGAAAUGCGAAGUCGAAUGGAGAAACGUCCAAUGUUCCGUCGCUUCAUGUCUCAGUACCUGCCGUCUAUUCCAAAUGUCGAUUCUGACCUUACCGAGACACGAGAGGCACAUACUGAGGCAGCCUUGGUGUUUUUCGACAAGACAGAUGAGUUCAACACUCGUCGUGCGAAGGUACUCAUCGAGAAUGCAGAAGACCAUGCAUGGUACAUAAUCAAGAGUACAGUCCUCACGCCACUUGCCAAGCUCGAGGCGAAGAGAUUGAACGAGGUCGUCAGAGCUUUGAAGAGGUUCGUUGCUUUUAAGGGUGGUGAGCCGUACAUAUGCGACGAGCCAGAGAUGGAUGCUGAGUGUCAAGCUCGUUUCGCUUUCUUCGUUACUGAAGCAGAUGAGGUGACACCCACUUUGCGCGACUGGAUCCUCAAGAACUGGGAAGAGGUCAAGACUCGAGAAAGACAGAGAGCCAAAGGCAGCAAGAAGGCUGCGAUGCAAACAGGAUGA